GUCAUCACUUGCGCCCAGCAGCAUGCCGGACCCUCCUCCCUCGAUCGCAUUAAGCACCUCGUCUUCCACGACACUUCCGCGCCCUCGACCGCCUCCUCUCUGCCACAAUGCAUCCCUAUGAACCCCACGCAAUUUGGCCUGGUCUCCUCCUCCUUCACUCUGGGCGGUCUGCUUGGAGCUCUAUCAGCAGGUCCGGUGGCGGCUAGAUAUGGAAGACUCAGAGCCAUGAUCUACCUCAGUGCAUUCGCUGUCGUGGGCCCCUUAUUCGAGGCGGCUGCGCCCAAUGUAGGCGUUAUGGCCUUGGGCCGUCUCAUAGCUGGAAUCGGCGCAGGAGGAGCAACAGUGGUGGUUCCCAUCUACAUUAGCGAGAUUUCACCACCCAGCAAGAGAGGCUUCUUUGGCGCCUUCACCCAGAUUGCCACCAAUUGCGGUAUCCUGAUUACACAAGCGCUAGGUCUCUUUUUGAGCGAGGGACAACUAUGGAGAAUCAUUCUGGCUGUGGGUGGGGCGAUCGCGCUUCUCCAGAUGCUGGGACUGGUCCUAGCUGGUCAAGAGAGUCCGAAAUAUCUGGCGGAUAUGGGCGAGAUAUCGCGAGCGAAGAGCGUAUUGAGAAAGCUACGAGGUCUGCAUGCAGAUAUCGACGACGAGAUCUCCGCCCUCGGCACUUCUGUGGAGCAGUAUUCAGACGACGAAGAAGCGAACCUGCUAUCUAACCAUGAAACGACAAGGUACAGCUCCAACAACAACAAGAAGAACAACAACAAGAAAGAUGCACUAGGCUUCUUCGAAGUCACCACCCACCCAGACACAAAAGCGGCCGUCAUAUCCGUCAUAGCAAUCAUGGUCGCCCAACAAUUUACCGGCAUCAACAGCAUAGUCAUGUACGGCGUAUCACUCCUCUCCUCCCUCCUAGCCGCCAACUCGGCAAUCCUCAACGUCGCAGUCGCAGCAGUCAACAUCAUCAUCACAACAUCCUGCGCUCCCCUCGCAGACAAACUCGGCCGUAUCCGCUGCCUCUUGCUCUCCAUCACCGGAAUGGGCCUCAGCUCCCUCCUGCUCGCCAUCGGAAUGAUGCAUUCCAUCAAAGUCCUCAGCGCAGUAGCUGUCAUCCUGUUCGUAGCCUCCUUCGGCCUUGGUCUGGGCCCCAUCCCCUUCAUCCUCGCGUCGGAGCUCGUAGGCUCAGAAGCCGUGGGUGCGGUGCAAAGUUGGGCUUUGGCCGCCAACUGGAUAGCGACUUUUAUUGUGGCACAGUUUUUCCCGCUGUUGAAUGCCCGAAUGGCCCCAGGGCAAGUGUAUUUCAUCUUUGCCGCCUUUGCUGUGCUAUUUGGAGUCUUUGUUGGUUGGUAUGUGCCGGAGACGAAGGGGAAGAAGGAUGCUGAUGAAGUCUGGGGGAGGAGGAAGAGUGUGGGAUUAGAGGAUUGAUGAAAAACAAUUCAGGAAAAAGAAUGCUAAUUGUCUCGACGAUGACGAAGAUGCCGAUGAUGAUGUUAAUGGGCUUCAUACUUGUACAAGGUAGAUGUAUAUGUA